AUGGGCUUUGCGUCAUGCUCCUGGCCAGUAUGGCGCGUUGACGACUUUACACAUUGCUUCCAGCAAGAUUACUUGAGAGUUUUACUUCCCUUAAUUGUAAUAUGUAUCUCGGCGGUAUAUCUCGGCGUGCAGGGUGUACAGCGGGCCAUCAAGGUGAAGGGCAAGAAACAUGCGUACGAGCCGAUCCCGCACGAGGGCCGGAGGAAUUCUGCCCUGCUUCACACGCAGAUCCCUCCCGACGAGCGGCCACUCGACAGUGAUGACGAAGAAGUCUUGAGUAUCCACGGCGGCCGGCUGGCCCUGGCCAAGACGACGAGCCGAGCGUCGAUCGUCGAGGCCGAUAGGCCUGCUUACCAGACGAUAUCAGUGCUCGCGGAGGAGCUGGGUAUAGUCGGGCUGGUCGUCAUCAGUGCCGUCAAUCUGGCGACGGGCGCCUUUCCGAGGCACGGCCGGUUGGGGGCUGUCGUCAGUCUGGCGACAUGGAUUUAUGUCCUCGUCCUCGCCACGUUGAGGUUGUUCGUCGGCCAUACGCAAUGGCGUGUCCCGCACCUCUGGAACCACACUGCGACAAUCUACUUUUUCCAAUGGCUGUUCAGCAUGGCCAUCUUCCGCUCCGAGCUCCUCCGGCCGACUUCCAGGACGGCCCAAAUCUUGGUCAUUGUGGAAUUCUCGCUGACGACCAUCCUGUUCUUCAUGGCCAUCACGCGGAGGAAGGGCAACAGGACGGUGCUGCUCGAGUGGGAAGAGGACAUUCCUCCGUCGCGUGAGGACCUGGCUUCGGUAUUUUCGCAGUUCACCUUCGGUUGGGUCGACAGCAUCAUGUGGGAGGGAUACAAGGAGGCGCUCGAGAUGAACAGGGUCUGGAAUCUUUUGCCGCGCGAUAAGGCCGCGACGGUCAUUGCCAAUUACCGACAAGUCGUCAAGACGUACUCCCUGGGACUGCACCUCAUCAUGUACUUCAAAGGGUCCCUCCUGGCGCAGACUCUGUGGGCCAUCCUUUCGGGCAUUUUCCAGUUCGCCCCGACCAUGUUGCUCAAGGCCAUCCUGGAAUAUGUCGAAGACCCUGAUCAGGCACCUCGCAACGUUCUCUGGCUAUACGUUAUCUUGCUUCCAAUCACGGAUAUCAUCCGGUCGAUUGGAGACAACCAGGCGCUCUGGAUCGGCCGCAAAGUCUGUAUCAAUAUUCGCGCCAUCCUGGUCGGAGAGAUCUAUGCCAAGGCCCUUCGUCGCAAGGCGGCUGCUGGCAAGGACACCGUUCUUGGCCACACCCCUGAGAACUCGGCUGAGGCCAAGGGUCUUCUUGCUACUUUGAAGCGGAAGUUGCGCAUGUUCAAGAAGUCUGACGAUAAGAAGCAGACCGCUCAGGCUAACGGCGCUUCGCCUGCGGACGAGACGGCCAAGAGCUCGGACGAGCAGGCCAACAUCGGCACCAUCAUUAACCUCAUGUCCGUGGACAGCUUCAAGGUGUCCGAAGUGACAGCCUACCUUCACUUCCUUGUUGCAUCAGCACCGACCCAACUCAUCGUGUCGAUUUACCUGCUCUACCGAGUCAUGGGCUUGAGCGCCAUUCCCGGCUUCAUCGUUAUGGCGUUGCUCCUGCCUGUCAAUAUCGGAUUCGCCCGAGGUUUCAACUCGAGCCAGAAGAAGAUUAUGGCUGCAACUGACAAGCGCAUCCACACUACGAACGAGAUCUUGCAAAAUAUCAGGAUCAUCAAAUACUUUGCAUGGGAGCACCGCUUCAGCAACAUUGUGGACGAGAGGCGCAAGGCGGAGCUCAAGGCUCUUCGCACGCGUUUCAUGAUCUGGGCGUCUGCUGUUGCCGUCUGGAACACCGUGCCCAUUCUCAUUACCUUCUUCUCGUUCCUGGUCUACACCCUCAUCGAGAAGAAGCCUCUGUAUCCGUCCGUCGCUUUCACGGCUAUUUCUCUGUUCAUGCUUCUCCGAUACCCGCUUGACCAGCUCGGAGACAUGAUCGCCCACGUUCAGGAGUCCAAAGUCUCGAUCGAUCGCAUUGAAGAGUUCCUGAGCGAGGAGGAGACUGAUAAAUUUGAGCAGCUCGGAGAUGACAAUAUCGACGAGAAUGGCGAGCGUGUCAUUGGCUUCAGAGGCGCCGACUUUAUUUGGGGUGCCAGAGAUGCUGUCGCCGAAGAUGGCUCGAUGGCUUUCCGCCUGCUGGAUAUCGAAGUUGAAUUCGAGAUUGGGAAACUGAACGUCAUCACUGGACCCACGGGCUCAGGCAAAACUUCCUUGCUCAUGGCGCUGUUGGGUGAAAUGACGCUGCUCAAUGGCCGCGUUUUCCUUCCUGGAGGACGGAGUCGUGAGGAUGUCCGUCCCGACCCCGAGACCGACCUUGCUGAGACUUGCGCCUACGUCGCCCAGCAAGCGUGGUUGGUCAAUGGAACGAUCAAGGAGAACAUUCUCUUCUCGGCACCAUUUGACGAACGACGGUAUAGGAACGUCAUUGUCGCUUGUGCACUUGAGCGCGAUCUUGAGAUUUUGGAUAACGGCGACGAAACACUGGUCGGCGAGAAGGGCAUCACGCUGUCUGGCGGUCAAAAGCAACGAAUUUCCUUGGCUCGCGCUGUCUAUUCCAACUCCUUGCACCUCCUUCUCGACGAUUGCCUCAGCGCGGUGGACUCGCACACUGCUCAGUGGAUCUUCAACAACUGCAUCAGCGGCCCAAUGAUGCGCGGCAGGACAUGCAUUCUCGUUACCCACAACAUCCCGCUCUGCGUGCCGCACGCACACCACGUGGUCAUCAUGAACAACGGCCGCAUCGAGGCUCAGGGCCCAGCACAGGACGUCAUCGCCACCGGCAAGCUCGGCGAAGAGAUCCAGAGAUCGCGCCCCGGGUCUGCUAGUGUAUCGAGGAUUCCGUCUCGCGUUCCAUCGAGCGUUGGCGAAGACAGCGGCGAAACGUUGGUCGAUAACAACGACGACAACCUGUCUAAGCCGAGAGCGGCCAAGAAGGAGAAGAAGAACAGCCUGCCGGAGGAGACCAAGGCCACCGGCGCUGUCAAGUGGCCAGUCAUGAAGCUGUACCUGACCUGCAUGGGAUCCUGGUGGUUCUGGUUCAUCGCCAUUGCCGUGUUUUCCCUGCAACAGCUGAGUGGCGUUGCCUCGAAUGUUUGGAUCAAGGAGUGGGCCAACCAGUACACGACGGAGGAAGUGUCAAGAAUUCAGUUCUCUGCAAACUCGCACAGCUACUCUUCGCCGUCCAUCUCGACGACCUAUUUCGCUUCCAUCUCGACGUAUGUCAAACAAACCAACUGGCUGGAGAGGAACUCUACCGUAUUCGACUCGCCCACGGCUCUUCAGGCGGUCAUGGAGCCUCAAGUCAAUGUGCCUUACUACCUGCUCAUCCUCGCGCUUAUUGGGCUGGCGAGUGCGGCAUUUGCUCUGGCCCGCGACUUGUGGAUCUUCCUUGGCUCUCUGACGGCAUCGUGGAAACUGCACAACCAGCUCAUGACAUCCGUUGCAUUUGCUAAGUUCAAAUUCUUCGACGUCACGCCACUGGGCCAGAUGAUGAACCGUUUCAGCAAAGAUCUGGAGGCUGUCGACCAAGAAGUAGCUCCCAUUGCCAUCGGAGUUAUGAGCUGCGCUCUGGGCAUCGUGGUCACCGUGGUCCUGAUUGCGGUUAUCACGCCUGGCUUCCUGAUUGCUGGUAUUUUCAUCACUGCUCUCUAUGUCCUUGUUGGCAAGUUCUACCUCGCCGCUUCCCGCGACUUGAAGAGGCUCGAGUCUGUGCAGCGGAGCCCCUUGUUCCAGCAAUUCGGCGAGACUCUGAGCGGCGUCACGACAAUCCGCGCAUAUGGCGAUGAGCGACGUUUCAUUCGCGACAACCUCUCCCGGAUCAACGCUCAGAUUCGUCCUUUCAUAUACCUUUGGGCAGCUAACAGAUGGCUCGCAUUCCGGACGGAUAUCCUGGGUGAUCUCGUGUCGUUCUUUUCUGGCGUCUUUGUCAUCCUCAGCCUCGGCGUCAUCGAUGCCGGUUCUGCGGGUAUGUCGCUCAGCUACGCCAUCGGUUUUGCUGACAAUAUCCUCUGGCUGGUUCGUCUCUAUGCCAUGAACGAACAGAACAUGAACUCGGUGGAGCGUAUCAAGGAGUAUCUGGAUGUCGAGCAAGAGGCGGCGGCCGUCAUCGAGGACAACCGGCCACCAGCCAACUGGCCGAGCCACGGAUCUGUCGAGUUUAUCAAUUAUACGACCAGGUACCGGGAGGACCUUGAGCCCGUUCUGAAGAACCUGAGCUUCAGGAUCAACUCGAAAGAAAAAGUGGGUAUUGUUGGCCGGACAGGUGCAGGCAAGAGUUCGCUGGCACUGGCAAUCUUCCGCGCUCUCGAGGCCGAGGAAGGCAAGAUCCUGAUUGACGACAUUGAUAUCGGCCUGAUCGGGCUUCGGGACCUCCGCGAAGCCAUCACUAUCGUGCCCCAAGAACCGACUUUGUUCACCGGCACCAUCCGGUCCAACCUGGACCCCUUCGAGAUCUACACGGAUGAGCAGAUCUUUGCUGCUCUCCGCCGCGUGCAACUCAUUGCGCCUCACGAGUCCACCACCCGGCCGACCACUCCCCUUAUUCCAUCGGCCGGCAACAGCAUCCUCGGCCCGGAAGACUCACCUCGGCCGGCGGCCACGAACAAGAACGUCUUCCUCGACCUCUCGUCGCCGGUCAGCGAGUCCGGGUCGAACCUGUCGCAGGGCCAGCGGCAGCUGCUGUGCCUGGCGCGGGCCAUGCUCAAGGAGCCGUCGGUGCUGGUCAUGGACGAGGCGACGGCGUCGAUCGACUACGCGACCGACUCCAAGAUCCAGGAGACGAUCCGGGAGCUGACGUCGACCAUCAUCACGAUCGCGCACCGGCUGCAGACGAUUGUCGACUACGACAAGGUGCUGGUGCUGGACAAGGGCGCCGUGGUCGAGUACGGGCACCCGUGGGAGCUGAUGCGCAACAACAAGGACGGCUACUUCCGGUCCAUGUGCGAGAUGAGCGGCGACUACGACGUGCUGGCCAAGGCGGCGAGGAAGGCUUUCCGGGACAAGAACUUGAUUGAUGUCGAUGAUGAUGAGGAUGCUGGUGCUGGUGCUGAGGGAGGAGGUGCGGGCGCUGGUGCUGCGUGA